GUUGAAAAUUGCAUCAAUGGAAUACAAUACAAUUCUAACACAAUACAAAAAUAUAAUAAAAAAGUAAAUAAAUUUAAAAAUAGAAUAUCAGGAACAUUUGUAUUUGUGAAUAGGUUACAAACAACAACCUGUGACAAUCUUGCUUUUCUUUUUAAAAAAUUACAGAAGUCCUCGUUUUAUUGAUCGAGGGACUUAAGCGCAUUUUUGUGUUAGCGAUCAGUGUUUGAUUUUUUAAUUAUUUUGCGUUCAAUUACAGAUCAUGAGGAAAUGUUAAAAUACUAUUAAAAAGUAAUUAAUCCUGAAUUAUGUCGCUAUUUUGUCAAGUGUUUUAAGAUAAAGAAAUUUUUUUUUUCGUUUCCACAGUGAAGAGUAUGAACAAAAUUCAGGUGGGGUAGUCGAAAUUUUUUAUAGUUUAAUUAAUAUUACUAAUUAUUAAUUAUACCAUAAAUUUGAGCAGCUAAAGAUAUUCUGAGUAAACCAAUAAUUGCAGAUCCGAUUGAUUUUGAAGGUUUUAUUUCAAAAAACAAAACUCUAAUUCAGAAUGAUCCACAACGAGAACUAUUAUUGUAUCCAAAUGAUGAUAUUUCAGAAAUCAUAAUACCAAAAAAAUAUAGAACAACGGUACCGAACUCUCCAAGAAUUUUUUUUGAUGAUAGUAAUGCCAAAAAUAGAGAUGCAUUUCUAGGAAAUCUUUUAACAAGACAAUCUUUGAAAACGUAUGAAUCACCUAGUCAUGUCAUUGAAUAUAAAUAUAGCGAAUAUGCAAAAACAGUGUCAGAUCUACCAAGAAAUACAAGUUUCGAAGUUUUAAAAGAAGAAAUUUACGAAGUUGAUAUUGAUUCAGAUCGGAUGGAAGAAAACCCAACUCAAAAGAGCUCAAUUACAAAACAGGGAUAUUUAUCAAAAGGUGCAGAUACUUCUUCUGAGCGAAUGUUUGCUCAUAUAGGUUCAAAAUCCUUUAAAAAACGUUAUUGCUAUCUAAGACAAGAAGUAGAUGGAACAUAUAUAUUAGAAUUGCAUAAGGAUGAAAAGCAAUGCGAUGCUAAAACAACUAUUGUCAUGGAUUUUUGUUCUGAAGUUAUUCAAAAUCCAAAACGUGGAAGAUUUUGUUUUGAAUUGAAAAUGUCAGAAGGUGGACAAAAAUCAGUAGUAUUAGUUGCAGAAAAUGAAGCUGAAAUGAAUGAUUGGAUUAAAAAGUUGAAAAUUGUUUUACAAAAAAAUAAGCUACAAGAUGACAAAAUUUCUAAAACUAAUGUGAAGACACAUUCGACAAGUCCAAACAUUAAAUAUGGCACAUUAAAAGGCUUGGAUCAAUCGUUAAAUCCACAACUUAUUAAAUAUGGACGUGAAACGGACAUUUCAAUUUCUCAAGCAAGAAAAGAAAACAGGAAACGUUUAUUUGGUACAAAUCACAAUAACUUCUUCAGAAUCUCUACCGAAGCAAAUUUAGAGAUAUUCAAAGAAAACUUUGGACAUAGGAUUAUUAUAAAAUGUGAAGAAAUAAAGUUUCGUUUGCAAACUUUUUUGGAUGAAAAUGAAAGACUUUCCCAAAUAGAGCCUUAUUUUACAAGUUUAGCAUUAUAUGAUGUAAAAUCAGCACGAAAAUUGACUGAAAAUUUUUAUUUUGACUUAAAUGAAAAGCAUGCACGGAAUCUUUUAUAUUCUAAUAGAGAUUCUGAUGAACAAUUUCAUUCAAAUGAAGAUGGAAAUAAUUUUUUGCAUGACAUUACUUCAGAAUGGGUUUUGCAUCCACGAAAAGCUAUUUUUAAUGUUACAUCACCCCAUUCUGAUAUCUUUAUUGUAGUUAAAAUUGAAAAAAUAUUACAAGGCAGUAUAAAUCAAUCAUCGGAGCCCUAUCUAAAAUCAUCAAAUAUUAAGUUGGAGCAAAAAACAAUAAAGACAAUAAAGCAAUAUGCAAACAAAGUGGGUCAGUAUCGAAUGCCUUUUGUUUGGGCUUGUAGGCCACUUUUUCGACUUUACAGUAAUGAGCUUGAUAAUGAAAGCGAAUUUAUGGCAUUAUUUAAGCAAGAUUGCAACAAGCUAAAGGAUGAAGAAAUCUUGAAAAUUUUAACUGACUUUCGUAAACCUGAAAAGAUGUCGAAAAUUCCAACAAUACCAGGUUCUUUUAGAGUUACUUUCCAGGAAAUUAAAGAAGACAUUCCUCCUAACUGUCUUACCACAACACUUUUGCCUGUAAAGCCAUUUUCUAUACCAACUCUUGAAGAUCCUACAAUUGAGAUUGUUGAAUUUUCAGGAAAUAAUGAAAAUGAAAUUCAUCCCUACUCAGUUUUUGAAAAUCAUCUUUUUGUAUAUCCAAUAUCAUUAAACUUUGAGACUCAAAAAAUUUUUUCACGAGCUAGAAAUAUAGCGCUUUCAAUAGAGUUAAGAGAUACUGAUACUUUUGAUGCUAAGCCUCUGAAGGCUAUUUACGGUAGACCUAUGCAAGAAAAGAUAUUUUUAUCUAAAUUAACAUGUCCGAUAUUGCAUCAUAACACUUUACCAACUUGGUACGAAGAAAUCAAGCUAAAACUUCCUACAAAUCUUACACCACAUCACCAUCUGUUAUUUUCCUUUUCACAUGUUUCAUGUAACAUUAAGAAGAAAGACAACAUAAAUUCUCCAAUAACUCCUGUCGGAUAUGCAUGGUUACCUCUACUAAAUAAGGGAAAAUUAAAUGUUGAAGAACAAUUGUUGCCCAUCGCUACUUCUUUACCCCCGGGAUACUUAUCUAUUCAGCCAUUAGGUCUAGGAAAAGGGAAUUCAGGACCAGACAUCUCUUGGAUUGAUAACCAAAAACCCAUAUACAAUGUAAAAUUUAGAUUAAAUUCAACUGUUUUUACAACUGAUCAGCAUUUGAACAACCUUUUUGCUCAUUCUGAAAAAUUGUUGGAAAGCGUAAAAGGAAUAAUUCCAUCAGAUAUAGAAACGUGUAAAGUUCUAAAGGCUGCUCAUGCUAUUGAUAUAAGCUCUGUGAUAUAUUUUUUACCAACCAUUUUCGAUCAGCUUUUUUUACUACUAAUCAAGUCGUAUAAUGAAGAUGUGAGCUGUAAUAUAAUUCGACUUAUGAUCAAUUUAAUUACAAUGAUAGCAGAGGAUGCAAACAGAAAGGAACUGAUUCUUUCGUAUGUUAAAUACAAUUUUAAAACUCCAUUUUUUCAAGGAAAACUCAACUCAAGUCCGAAAACAAUGAAAACUGUUCAUGAAGAAAUUAUUAAAUAUUUACCAGCAUUGCUCAAUCCUUCAAAUACAGACUUUCUACUAGUCAACAAAUUCAUGAAAUUUUCAUCUAUAAUCUUUGACAUUGUAAUAAAGUCGAUGUCUCAUCAUUUAAUUACAAGUGGAAGAAUUAAAAUGCAUAGAAAUGAAAGAUUUCCAAAGGAAUAUGAAGCACGAAUUGAAGCAUUGCUUCAAGUGCUAAUACCAUACUUAAUAUCUAGAUAUAAGGAACUGCCGAAUGAAACUCAUCUUUUGAAUAAAAGUCUUUCGAUUUUUUCGAAAAAAUGCAUGAGUUUAAUGGAUCGUGGAUUUGUAUUUAAAUUAAUAAGACAAUAUAUGGAUAAAUGGUCGCCUGGCGAUCCAAGACCAUUACAAGAAUUUAAAUUACAAUUCAUACAAGAAGUUUGCUCACACGAACACUACAUUCCUCUAAAUCUUCCAUUAAUAAUCAACUCAAAUUAUCGAUCACCAGAGAUUCUUAGUCAUUUUUGUCUCUCUGAAGAGUUUUGCAAACAGCACUUUCUUGCCAGUUUACUGUUGCAAGAAGUGAGGAGCUCAUUAAAUGAAAUUAGUCAUAUAAGAAAACUAUCUUUAAGCAUUCUCAGAGAUUUGCUAGCUAAACAUGAUUUAGAUAACAGAUAUCAAAGCAAGGGACAAUUAUCUCGAAUAUCAAUGCUUUAUAUUCCUUGGUUGGGAAUAGUCAUCGAAAACAUUAAUCGCAUCCCCGAUUGCUCAGAACCGAAAGAUUAUGCUGGUCAUCAGCGUAUUUCAAGUAAUAGUAGCUAUGUUUUUUCUCGUGACUUGACACCGAAGCUCGUGUCACAAAUAUCAACUCCUACACAAUCAAUCAACAGUCCAAUACAAAGUACACCCAAGUCCAAGCGUUUUACAAUGCAUGUAGAUAAUUCUAGAGUUCCUACACAGUUUAAGGAUUUAAUAGCUGGCCAAAGUUUAUUGAAAAAUGGAUUUUCUUCGUCAAGUCUCAACUCAGAUUGUAGUUCUAUGUCACAAGAAACGACAGUUGUAAUUCGCAACGGAGAUGAUAAUAAUUCCUCUUAUCAUCUCGGACAUAACAGAUCAAUUAGUAUGAUACAAACACCAUCUGUUCUCAGAAUCGAUAGAUUUACUAUACCUGAAUCAAAAGAUAUGUUAAUUUGCUUUCUUUUUACUGUUAAGCAUUUAUCCAAUGAUCAUAUGAUAACUUGGUGGCAUAAUUGCAAUGCUUCGGAGAAAGCAUCUUUCUUUCAAAUAUUAGACAUGUGCUUAGUUCUUUUUCGUUAUGUAGGUAAGAAGAACAUACAACUCAGUGAAAAUACCAAAAACAAUUUUAAUAAUAGUAAGCACAAAUCAAGCACACUUCCUGCCAGAAUUGUCAAUUCUGAAAGCGACCACUCAAUAGUAAAUUCCACACACGAAACUGGUACAUUAAAUCAUCAAACCCGUGAGAAUUUGAUUGAAGAAACAGCAAAAUUACAAAAAGCUUUGCAGGAUUCUAAUUUAGCUACAGAAGUCGGUAUGAUAAUACUUGAUUGUGUCGGUUUAUUUUGUAUACAAUUCAAAGAUUCUAUGGUUGAAACUGGAAUGUUGCCAAAAAUUGCUCAGAUUUACUUAAGAUUUCUUCAAAUUGGACAAUCAGAAGCUUUAUCAAAACAUGUUUUUGCAGCACUGAGGGCAUUUAUAAAUAAUUUUUCUGAGGCCUUGUUCAAAGGAACCGCAAUGCUUUGCGGUCAAUUUGUUUACGAAUUAUUAAAAUGUUGCGAUAGUCGUUUACAAACUGUUCGACAAGAAUCAUGUGCUGUUUUGUACUUAUUGAUGAGAAGCAAUUUUGAAUUUAGUGGAAGAAACGGAUUAACGAGAGUUCAUUUACAAGUGAUUAUAUCUGUAUCGCAAAUGAUUGGAAAUGUGAUUGGACUAAACAAUGCGAGAUUUCAAGAAAGCUUAUCUAUUAUCAAUAGCUAUGCUACCAGUGAUAAAGCUAUGAAGGAUACGAGAUUUGCAACUGAAGUUAAAGAUUUAACUAAACGAGUUCGAACAGUUUUGAUGGCAACUCAUGCAAUGCAAGCACAUCAUGCUGACCCUGAAAAAUUGUUAGAGCUGCAAUUAUCAUUAGCUAACUCUUAUGCUUCAACACCAGAACUGCGUCAUACGUGGCUUGUAACAAUGGCUAGAAAUCAUGAAAUUAAUCUAAAUAUGAGUGAAGCUGCUUGUUGCCAUCUUCACAUAGCUGCCUUAAUUGCUGAAUAUCUUAAAUUAAAAGGAAGCUAUCUAGUAAAUUUUGGAGCAGAAUCGUUUGCAAAAAUUUCCAAAAACAUCCCCAAAGACGAAAAAGGUCUCAAGUUAGAUUUAGGUGUACAAGACUCUCAAUACACAGAAAUGAUUUUGCUUGAUCAAUUAAAAAAUUGUGCAGAUUUUCUUGAUAAAUCAGAGAGAUAUGAGUGUCUUGGAGAAUUAUAUCGAUUGAUAAUUCCAAUGUUGGAGAAUCGUCGUGACUAUAGUGGUCUUGUUGAAUCAUAUAGCCAUUUGAGUCAAGCAUAUCAAAAAGUAAUAGAAUUUAAUCGAAGUGGCAAGCGAUUACUUGGAAGAUUUUAUAGAAUUGUGUUUUAUGGUCAAAUGUAUUUUGAAGACCAGCACAAUGUGGAGUAUAUUUACAAAGAGCCUAAGGUCACAACUUUAAGCGAAAUUUCUUUAAGACUAAAGAAACAAUUUGAAGACAAAUUUGGAUCGGAUGUUGUAAAGAUAAUAAUGGACUCAAAUCAAGUUAAUGUGAAUGAAUUAGACCAAAAGAUAGCAUAUAUACAAGUAACACAUGUUACACCUUUUUUCAUAAAAGAUGAACUUGAAAUUAAACAAAACGAUUUCGAACAAAAUCAUGAUAUUGAUAUAUUUAUGUUUGAGACACCAUUUACUAAAAAUCAUGUUGGACCUAGAUGUAGCUUAGUUGAAGAUCAAUGGAAAAGAAGAACCAUUUUAACUACAAAAUACAGUUUUCCAUAUUUAUUAAAGCGUAUUCCGGUAAAGGAUCGACAAAUUAUUGAAUUAAGUCCGAUUGAAGUAGCUACAGAUGAAAUGAAUUUAAAAGUAUCGGAGUUAACUGAUGUAGUUUUUAAUCCUUCAAUUGAUGUAAAAAAAUUACAAUUACGUUUGCAAGGAUGCGUCGCUGUUCAAGUUAAUGCUGGACCGUUAGCUUACGCAAAUUCGUUUUUGGAUCCAAAAUUUUCAACAAAGUUUGAUUCAGAAAAGAUUGAUGACUUAAAAGAAAUUUUUAGAAUUUUUAUAAGUGUUUGUUAUCAAGCUUUGCAAGUAAACUCACGAGUCAUUUCAAACGACCAAGUUGAAUAUCAUAACUCAUUAAAAGAAAAUUUUAAAAACAUGUGCUGUGUUUUGUCUGAGCUUAUGGAUGAAAAAAUAAUUUCUUUUGAUGACCAAAAUAAUCCUCAUCGAAAUAGUUUGGCACUGUUUAGCGCUAUUUCAGGUACAUCGAAUAACUCCAGUACUGCUUAGUGAUUAAAUCUUUGUUUGGCUAGCGCACAUUAGUCAACUGACCAAAUACUCUACAAAUGCAAAUAAAUUUAAAUGUAGACCGACUUUUUUAACUUUCUAUCUACAGAAAACAAUUCGAACAAAUAUAUAUACCGCUAUAACACAAUUUUUUAAUUAAAUAUCAAAGAAUUGGAACAGGCCUCGCGUUUCGAAAACUUUUUGUUUCAUGUGCAUAAUAAUAUUUCAUUAAUAAUUUUUUUUUAUUGUAAAAUACAUUCCAAAAAGUUUUAAAAACAAUAUUUCAUUGGUUGGCAUUUUAAUCUUACUCUACCUUAAACAAGAUUUCCCAAGUUCUAACUCUUAACUUUGGUUUAAUAUUCAACCUAAAAUUUUAAAUCAAGGUUAAAUGUUUAGAAACUGGAAAGACAUGUUCCUAAAAAAAAAUAUUAAAAAUUAACACAUAGUUUACAAAUAUAAAACUGUUCAAUCAAAUCAAUCAAAUCCGAACAAGAGUAUAAUUGAAAUUCAUUGCUUGCAAAUAGUUUCUGUUGAUAACAUUAAUGAUUAGUAAUAAAAUCUAAGAAGAUCAAAAUUUUUUUCAAUAUUUUUCGAGUUUAUUAUUAAAAUUUUAAAAAAAUAUUGACUUGAAUAAUAUCCCACCUAUAAUUACAAGUGGGAUUAUUAUCUCCCAGGUAGAUAAUAAUUUCACUUACAUUUCUAAGUGGGAUUAUUAUCUUUAUGGAACACGAUUAAAAUUAUGGAUUAAAUCAAAUCCAAAAACUUAUUUGUCAUAGUGGAUAAUAAUUCCACUUGUAGUAAUAAGUAGAUUUAUUAUCUAAUAGGAUUUUCAUCCAAAAAAAAUCCCACUUAUUAAUUUGUCAAUUUCAUUAUUCCAAAAACUUAAAUAUGAAGAAAACAUAAAUAUUGGUUGAAUGUUUGCUUUUUAAAAAUAUAUUAUUCCAAAUUGUUUAAAAAUAAAAUCAAGGUGGGUUUAACUGAUCUAAAGAUGUUAGCUAUGCCAUAUAAAAUUAUGUUCGAGAUUCGCUCGAAUGUUUAAAGAAAAUGUAGCCGUAAUUCCAUUUUGUUUCGCUUCCACAAUGAUUCAGAUUCGGAAAAAAUGUUCAAAAAUUCCUUGUGCACAAUACUUUUCCGACACAUUAGAAAAUUGAAAGUUUUUGUUAAUUUCUCUUGAUUUGAAUCUUUUAGCAUCUUCUAGAUAAUGUUUUCGUUCAUUGCUCAAAAAAUCAGUCCUUAAUAUAAAGGAUAAACAUGAUUUUUUACCAAAACUUUGUAAAAGUUUAUCAAAAAAUAUUGUGCAUGAUCAAAUUUUGUAUGAAAAUUGAUGUAAACUUUGAUCGCAAAUAUCUCGAAAACGGCAUCAAACGGCAUGUCCCCAGUUGUAUGGGAGAUAGAUUUAAGCUUAAUUAAUUGAUUUGUAUAGGUUUCAGAGAGGUCUUUGGAAGACUUUUUAACUUAUGAAUAGUUUAAGUUUUGUAAAAAUACUCAGAUUUCAAUUCAUUUUUAAGGCUUAAUAAGCAGAUUUCUAUUGAGUUUGUUGUUUUAAUAUGUAAAGCUAAGCUUAAAUUAGCUAGCAACUGCUUUCAAGACAUCCAAAUAACAACUUAAAGUAGAAAAAAUCAUAUUUUUUUUUCAUACACAAAUUGUAAACAAAUUUUGGGUGAGAUUAAAUUAAUGAUUUCUGGAGUUAGACAUCAAAUUGGGACGAGAUAUUUUCAUAGGAUAUGCCUUAAGUUAAGAUCUUUAAUCUGGCAUUUAAAAGAUGAAGUUUAAUUAAUAUGUUAUUUUUGAAUUUUUGAACAUUUUUUCCGAUUCUGAAUCAUUGUGGCUUCAUUCAUUCAACUGUUUAAAAAUCACAGUUUUGUUCAAAUGUUUAGAAGUAGAUAUGUUAACCUCUAAUGGGCAAAAUAAUAAAUUUUUGAUUCUUUCCUGAAAUUUUCCAAACGUCAUUCAAAUAAUUGUAAAUUGCCCUUAACAAAAUUAGAUUUGUAAAUCUAAUGAUAAUAUUUGUUUACACAUUUUGCUAAGAAAAAUGUAAAGAUUUAAACAUAAAAAGAACGCAAAAUUAAAAUUCUGUUGCUCAAAUUCUUAUUAAAUUAACUAGAAUUUUAAAAUGAUGGCAGUUCUGAUGCUUUUUAACCGUGUCUACAAGCCCCAAGAAGGUUUCCAAUGGUUUUAGACCAUUUAAGAGAUUUGAUUGUUUAUAAUCUCAAAAUUUCGAAGUUAUUCUGAUUAUUCAGGUAUACAGGGUUACUUAAACAAACUGAUGGCCACAAAUUUAUUGAAAAUGUUCAGCAAAUAAUUAAAGUGAUUCGUACAAAAUUCAAACGUAAUAUUUUGUAAGUUCUUUCAAACUUGAGCUCUUUUAAAGAAAAGCUUAAAAUAAAACCUGUCAGAACUAGUGUAUCGGGCAGAAACCCAAUGCGGGAAUUAUAUUCACACCGUACCAUCAAAAGUCUAAUGGAUAGACCAAGAUUAUCCCAGCAUAAGUAUGAAGGUAUGAAGCUUAACGAACAUUCUUUAAAAGUUUUUAAAAAAAAAUUUUCAUCCAAAGUUGAAUUUUAUAAAAAUCACAAUGAACUUUUGUUUUAAAAAAUUCGUGAGAAAGGAAAGUUUUUUGCUUUUUCUGAAGCAAACGGAUCAAAUGUAAAAAACUAGAAGUCCCUACGAUGUCUCGUUAUUGAGAUUUCUUGCUGAUUAACUUGCUUGCUUGCUUGUUUGCUUAUUUGCUUACAGAAAGCGUAUUUUGCGAUUUUCUCAGCAAUGCCACAACCAAUUUGAAAUUCGUUUUUUGAAAAUUUCAGGCACAAACUUUUCUUACCGGACCUUUUAGAACCAAUUUCGUUUUCUCAAAAAAUGCGAAAAACUGAUUUUUCAAUCUGAACAAAACCAAUAGAUUCACACGUGAAAACGAUGUGAAUAUAAAAAAAUUUUAUAUCCUAAAAUAGAUUUUAUAUUCACACUGUAUUCACUUUAUUUUUGUUUAGCUUGAAAAACAGUUUUUCGCAAUUUGAGGAAAAAAAGCAAAUGGUCAAAAACAGAAUUUAAAUUGGCUGUAGCAUUGAUGAGAAAAUCGCAUGAUACGUUAGCAAACAAGCAUCAAGGCAAGUAAAUCAGUAAAAUCUCAAUAACGAGGCAUCUUAGAGACUUCUAAUUAUUGCAUUUUGAUUCUUGCUGCGUUAAAAAGGAUAAGGCUUUAUUUUUUUAUUGGGUAAGGUAGAAACAACCAUUGCUUCCAAAAAAGCAAAAAACCCUGCAUCCUCUAUCCUGCAUCACGUGAACUCAAAUUUUGCCAAUGACAAAAAUGAUAAAAACGUGAUUUAUUAGUUGCGCACGUUUUAAAUUUUGAAAGACUUCAUUUCAAAACUAUUUGCAAAAACAAAAAAUUGAAAAUUUUGUGUGAAUAUGAUUUCUUGAGUGAAAAGAUCUUUGAUACAUUAAACAUCUAGGCUCUAGGCUUUUAGAAAAUUUACAAAAGGCAUAAAAAACCAAGUUUUCAACUUAAACAUUCAACCAAUAUUUAUGUUUUCUUCAUAUUUAAGUUUUUGGAAUAAUGAAAUUGACAAAUUAAUAAGUGGGAUUUUUUUUUGGAUGAAAAUCCUAUUAGAUAAUAAAUCUACUUAUUAAUACAAGUGGAAUUAUUAUCCACUAUGACAAAUUUGAUUUAAUCCAUAAUUUUAAUCGUGUUCCAUAAAGAUAAUAAUCCCACUUAGAAAUGUAAGUGAAAUUAUUAUCUACCUGGGAGAUAAUAAUCCCACUUGUAAUUAUAGGUGGGAUUAUUAUCUUUCGGGAAGGAUAAUAAUUUCACGUGUAUUUCUAAGUGGGAAUAUUAUCCCGCAGGGAACAUUUAAAAAUUUGCGAUUUUCGGGGUUAUUAUCCCGCAGGAUCGUGGAAUUCAUAUCUUUCGGGGAUUUUACCCCCCAUCCAAUGAUUCCAUUUCAGAAUUUCUAUUGUUUUUAAAUCUCGUCGUUAAAAUUAAAAUAAACUAUUCUGUAUGUCAAAUAUCCAAAUAUCAUGUGAGAACUAGUCGUCAAAUUUGCUACUACUUAAUAAAAUUAAAUGAUGAAUCUUAAUGAAUAAGUUUUGCAAGUUCUAUAAUAUUUUUGCCAUAUCUGUGUCAUCCUUGUUUUAUUAAAAUAAAAGUU